GAGAGAGGUCCUCCAACAUGUUCUCUGCAACUGCUAUUUCCAACUUCAUGGUAGGACAGGCCGAGCCUUCCUCCUCCUCCUCCUCCUCCACCACUGGAUAUUCAACAACUUACGACGUAUUUCUCAACUUCAGGGGUGAAGACACUCGCAAAAACUUCACUGGUCACCUGAACCGUGCCCUGAAAAGAGAAGGGAUCCGUGUCUUUAUUGAUAGCUGCGAACUGUGGGAGGGAAAAGAGAUUGGGUCAACACUCGUCAGUGCAAUCCAACGGUCUAAAGUCUCUAUUCCUGUCUUCUCUAAAGGCUAUGCAAAUAGCAAAUGGUGCUUGAAGGAACUUGUCAAGAUAGUGGAGUGCCAUAGAUCCAAAGAUCAGAUUGUUCUGCCAAUAUUCUUUGAUGUUGAUCCGUCAGAUGUUCGACAUCAGACCGGAAGUUUUAAAGAAGCGUUUCUUGAACAUGAGAAGAAUUUUGAAGAACUCUUUAUCGUACAGGAAUGGAGGGAUGCAAUGACAGUGGUAGGGACUCUGAAGGGAUGGGUUCUCAAAGAAGUCGAAAAUGGGUAUGAAUCAAAGCUAGUUGAGCUUGUUGUUGAAAGGGCUUUAAGAGAAACAAGCAACAAUUUCUUGAGUGAAGUUAAAUACCGUAUUGGAUUAGAUUCCCGUGUAAACGAUCUACUAUCUUUACUAAAUAUUGGUUCCAAAGAUGUUCAAUUUUUUGGAAUAUGUGGCAUAGGUGGCAUUGGGAAGACAACUAUUGCUAAGGCUCUCCACAAUUGCAUCAUUAAAAGCUUUCGUCAUAGUUGCUUUCUUGAAAAUAUUAGAGAAGAAGCAUCAAGACCUAAUGGGUUCGUUUCUUUACAGGAGAAACUUAUCGACAGUAUCUCCAAAAGAAAAGUGCAGGGUGACAUAUUGAGCGUUGAUCACGGAAAAGAAUGGAUAAAAGGAAGACUUCAAGUAGAAAAUGUUCUUAUUCUUGAUGACGUGGAUCAUCCUUCCUAACUCGAUGCUUUGGCAAUUGAUUUAAAUUGGUUUGGUCGAGAAAGUAGGGUCAUAAUAACGACAAGAGAUGAGAAUAUUUUAAAUGUGGUUAAUGUUGAUGAAGAUAAAAUAUAUCAGCCCAAAGAAUUGGAUGAUGAUCAAUCUCUUCAACUCUUUAGUUUUCAUGCCUUUCAAAAGGAUAAGCUUCCUGAAGAAUAUAUGGAGCUUUCACGUGCUGUAGUAAGUUAUUCAGGAGGGUUGCCCUUGAUUCUAGAGGUGUUGGGUUCCUACCUAGGAGAUGUAAGAAG